CGGGGAGUGGAGCUCGCCGGGCGGAGGCGGAAGCAGGAAGCCCGCUGCUGACAGAAAGGCGAGAAACCCAACAGGUCGCCGGCACCGAGCCGCCUCGCUGUGUUUUCCGCCGUCGUUCGACCCAGGCCCGCACCUGAAGCGCCGCCAUGUCCAACAUGGAGAAGCAUCUUUUCAAUUUGAAAUUUGCUGCCAAGGAGCUUAACAGAAAUGCAAAAAAGUGUGAUAAAGAAGAAAAGGUUGAAAAAGUCAAAAUUAAAAAGGCAAUUCAGAAGGGUAACACGGAAGUGGCAAGAAUCCAUGCAGAAAAUGCCAUCCGACAGAAGAACCAAGCAAUCAACUUCCUGCGCAUGAGUGCCCGGGUAGAUGCUGUGGCAGCGAGAGUGCAGACGGCCGUCACAAUGGGCAAAGUAACAAAAUCCAUGGCUGGAGUAGUUAAAUCAAUGGAUGCUACGUUGAAAAGUAUGAAUUUAGAAAAGAUUUCUGCCCUGAUGGAUAAAUUUGAACAGCAGUUUGAAACCUUAGAUGUCCAGACAGCACAGAUGGAAGACACCAUGAGCAGUACUACCACACUGACAACACCACAAAACCAAGUAGAUAUGCUCCUUCAAGAAAUGGCUGAUGAAGCUGGGCUUGAUCUGAAUAUGGAACUACCUCAGGGACAAACAGGCUCUGUUGGCACAAGUGUUGCUUCAACAGAACAGGACGAACUCUCACAAAGACUGGCACGUCUCCGCGAUCAAGUGUGAGGGGGAGUCAACGUCUGCAGCGUUGUACAUACGCUUCCAGCUGCAUUCUCUGUACAUAUUGGGUGGCCUGACCAGGAUUUCUGUCAAGAUGUUUAAAUAACACACAAGUACCGGGGUCUCCAACCUUGGCAACUUUAAGACUUGUGGACUUAACAAGUUUGCUUGGACUUGUGGAGUUGAAGUCCACAAGUCCAAGCAAAGCUGGACUUGCUUGAAGUCCACAAGUCCAAGCAAAGCUGGCUGAGGAACUCUGGGUGUUGAAGUCCACAAGUCUUAAAGUUGCCAAGGUUGGAGACCCCUGCACUACUGAACACCUGUCUCUCUUUCCCCCCCCUUCCUUUGCUGUGCUUUCCAAAUUGCAUCUAACUCAGUAGUGUUGUGCCCUAAGUGCAUUUUCUAGGUCCGUAAUUGUACAUUUUGAAGCUGAAGGUUAUAUUUUUGCAGAUCUCUUUUUCAACGAUUAAAAUGUCGGUUUUAUCGGAUGUUGCGGCAAGUAAUCAAACCGAAAGAACCGCUUGUAUAAUUUUAAGUUAUAGAACACAUUUUUAAAUUAUGUUUGCAAUUAAAUCCCUAAGAUGGUGUGUACGUGAUUCACUUGGUGUCACAUUAAUUAUCAAUAAUAUAAAAUAUGUGUGUGUAUCCACCAGUAUUACAUCACUGGAGAAUCUUUCCAAAGCCCGUUACUUGUCAUGACACCUAAAAAUCAAGCAAUAUUGAUGCUGUCCUUAUAAUCGGAAACUCAUAUUGCUAGCAACAGUUCAGUACCAAAGGAAUAAAAUAUAUUUUUCAACGCUUUUGCCUAGAUUUCCUUAAAAAUAUACAUGACACUCCUAUAGAGAGGAAUACCUUGAUACAGUAACGAAAACUAACCAAAACAUCAAAUUUGAAAUGUCAUUUUAAGAUUGUGGUAUUGUUGAAUCUGAUUGUUUUCUGCUGUGCGUGGGGCGAUCGACGGAAUUAUAUCAGAAAGGAAAAUUAACAAACAUGAGCAUACGUCUGAAGUAUUCCGUGAAGUAUGCUUCAAUUCUGUCUUUGUAUCUCUGCUUAAAACAAAUGGUAAGAUAAAGAUAUCUUCAACUCAAA